GACGCCCGACGCGCAUCCAAUCAGCGGCGGCCGGGGACCGGAUUGGGUCGUCAGCAGCCACUGAGAAAGGAGCGGCUGCUCACGUGAUGCGGCCGUCGAGCGGAGAGGAAGCCGGCGCUCUGUGAGGUGAAGCUGACCCGGGCUGUCGCAAUGGUCUGCAUUCCCUGCAUCGUCAUUCCAGUCCUGUUGUGGGUUUACAAGAAGUUCUUGGAGCCUGUCUUGUAUCCAUUCAUUUCUCCCUUUAUUUCCCGGCUGUGGUCUAAGCGAACAGUAAAAGAAGAAAUCCCCACACCAAAAACCCAAGUGUGUAAUGGAACAUUCAAGUCUGACCAACCGUUGAUGAAAGGAGACAGGAAUACCAUGAACAAAGAUACAGACAGCAUCAGCGCACAAGGAUCAAACAAAAAGACUGAUUAAGCCUUUCAUCAAGCAAUAAUCUUGCAAAAUGUCUGUUGGUGGUAGCAUUAUUUAAAAGAAUAAAUAGUUUUAUUAAUCAGCUUCCAGUUUAUGUAUAAAAAAUUCCAUUGUUUUAUCAUUGUUGUAUUUCAUACUGUUCUAUUUAAUAGCUUCCUUUUAUACACUGCUGUAAUAAUUGUAAUCUCUGUGAAGCUGGAUAAAUCUUCCAUAAGUACAUCUUAAUCUCUGUUCUCCAUUAGAAAUGUUGUUGCAGUGAUACAUAUCCUUGCUUGGGAACUGACUCUGCAAUUAUACUGUACUGGUAAAGAAAUGACUCCUGAUGAAAUUCGAGAAAAGGCAUUCCUUAUAGCAACUGUUGUGGAUCAAACUAGUAAAACAGUGGUAUUUUCAUAUAACUGGCUAAGGUGCUGAUGAAUCUCAAUGUUCAACAGCUUAUCUAAAUUCUUUUUAACCUGAUAGUUUGUUCUUUCUCACUUUGCCGGUUUCUGAGAUAGUGCAUAGUUGGAUGUUGGCAAAGAAAAGGUAUUGUCACUAAAAGUUCUGAGUUUGGGCAUAUCCAUCUGAACAGCCUUAGCUGGGGCUCACUGGCUCUCAUCUGAGCUAUACAGGAGAUUGAAAGGUUUGGCGGCAUUUAGAUUUUUUGUAAGACUAUCUGGUGCACACGGUGACACUUAAUCAAUAUGUUCAGAAAUUCCAGAUCUGUUAGCUAUCUGUAUUGUGCUGAACAUAGCUGGGAUAGAAAUUCCAAAUACAAAUAGGUUUUAGAGGAGAACUCUAAUAACUCUAAAUAUUGCAAUUGUUUCUGAAAGAAUCCAGGCUCUUGUGCCCUUCUAUUUAAAAAUAAUUUGAUGCUAGCUAAGGUUGUGCAUGAGGAAUGAAGAAGGCUAACAAAGAUACAUAGGUUGCAAAAUCCAGGCUAAAGUUAGCUUCAGGAAAGCUGAGAUAUACUAAGAUGAACAGAAUUGUUGUAGGUGACAGCAAGCUCUCAAUUCUUCUAAUGAAACCUGGAGACAGGCAGUUUCAAGCUAUUUUAAAAAUGUUUUUGACUUCAUUACCAUAUACUGCAGAUCUCAGUCAUUGUGCAGGUGUUUGGAUGUGAGCUGGAUCUGGAGAGAGUAUUGUUCUGACUCUGCUCCUUUUACAGAACAGCUUGAGUAUGCUUAUAAAACUACACAUGAUAAUAUAGUCUGUUCUUUUGAGGCUGGGGUAAGAUCUACUGAAUUAAAAUGGCUCCACAGUAGUGUAGUAGUUCGCAUGAUGCUACUGCAGCUCAGGAUGCUCCAGAGUUGGAAAUUCUGACACCAUCUGUAAGGAGUUUGUACAUUUUCCCUGUGCUCUACUUUCCUACACUGUCCAAAGACUUGCCAGUAGAUUGACCUGGGAUUAGAGUAGGGUUGCUGGAUGGUGAAACUCAUUGAGCCGGGAGAACUGUUCCACACUGUAUCUCUAAAUAAAUAAAUAAAGCUACUUGUUAAACUUG